CUUUGUAAUACGUCAUAAGUCGUCAUUUCCGGUAGUACAGUUAACCGUAAAAAAUUUACUCGAAACGUCUCAUCGAAUCGAGUAAAAUUUAGCAUGUCAGGCGGAGAGUUGAUUUCUGUGGAUUAUGAAGUAUUUGGAAGAGUACAGGGCGUCUUUUUUCGGAAAUAUACACAGGCCCAGGGCAAGAAGCUUGGACUUGUCGGGUGGGUCCAAAACACAAGUAUGGGAACCGUGCAAGGGCAGGUCCAGGGUCCGCACAAGAAAGUGAAAGAAAUGAAAGAGUGGCUGAAAUCCACAGGAAGUCCCAAGUCACAGAUUACUAAGGUGGAGUUCAAGAACCAGAGAGAAGUUGACCAUCUGGAACAUUCAUCUUUUGACAUUGUAAAAUGACAUGCUUGCUAUUAGCUUACACGCACUUAUUUAUUUUGUCUGUGUCUUUCUUAUAUAACCUUAUGUGUAUAGAAAAAAUGUGAAAUGCUUGUGUAAGAUACAAAUAAAACAAGCAAAAAGGUGUUCAA